UUUAGUGUUUCUGGAGUUAUUUGGUUCUUUCCCUCUGGAGCUCCCUGAGUGAGAUACUGCUUCAAUAUCAUUGAACAUUGAAGUGGGGGUUACUGUAGCCUCUCACCAACCAAUCAGAAUACUUCAUUUUCCCUACCAUGGCCAUAUCUACCAUUGAGGACACCACCGAGGUCUGGACCUCAGAAGUUUUUCUGCAGAAUAUUGAAAAAAAUCUCAAACUGCCUUCACGGAUUCCUGCAGUACACGUGGUUACGGUGGAUGUGCUACAACAAGUCUUGGUAGCCAUACUAAAUGUAACUAUGACCAUAAAGAAUGGUGCAGCUCAGCGUGUUGAACACGAGAAGAGGCGAGAGGAUGAGUGCUGAAGUCAAGACGAACGUCUUUCAGUCCCAUCGACGAGAGAGCGGACGGUGAGAGCACAGCAGGUUCUGGGGAAACAGCUGUGGUUUUUUCUCUCAAGAACGAAGUUGGAUGUCUGGUCAAAGCUCUCAAACUCUUCCAGGAGAAGCGAGUCAAUCUGAAACACAUCGAGUCACGGAUGUCGAGGCGGGUUCCUAAUGAAGUGGAGAUCUUUGCCAACUGCAGCUGUAGCAAAAAGGAGUUUAACGAGUUACUGCAGCAUCUCAAAGAUCAAGUCAACAUCAUUUCUUUCAACACACCUGCACAUGUGUGGUCUGCUGAGGCAGAUGAUGAGGAAGUUCCCUGGUUUCCCAUGAAGAUCUCCGAGCUAGAUCAGUGCUCUCACAGGGUAUUGAUGUAUGGUUCUGAACUGGAUGCUGACCAUCCCGGUUUUAAAGACAACAUUUACCGCGAGCGCAGGAAGUACUUUGUGGAAGUGGCCAUGAAUUAUAAGUUUGGACAGCCCAUUCCUCGGAUUGAGUACACCCCCGAAGAGGUGAGGACCUGGGGUGUUGUGUUCCGAGAGCUCACCAAACUUUACCCGACUCACGCCUGUAGGGAGUACCUGAAGAACCUGCCGCUGCUCACCAGGUACUGCGGCUAUAAGGAGGACAACAUCCCCCAGCUGGAGGACGUGUCUUUAUUCCUCAGAGACCGCUCUGGUUUUACGGUGCGACCGGUCGCUGGGUACCUGUCUCCUCGGGACUUUCUGGCGGGUUUGGCCUACAGAGUGUUUAACUGCACACAAUACGUGCGCCACAGCACCGACCCACUCUACACACCCGAACCAGAUACCUGCCAUGAGCUGCUGGGUCAUGUUCCUCUACUGGCUGAUCCAAAGUUUGCUCAGUUCUCCCAAGAAAUUGGUUUGGCCUCUCUAGGAGCAUCUGAUGAGGAUGUCCAGAAACUGGCCACGUGUUACUUCUUCACCAUCGAGUUUGGACUCUGCAAGCAGGAGGGUCAGCUAAGAGCUUAUGGAGCUGGACUACUGUCGUCUAUCGGAGAACUCAGGCAUGCCCUGUCUGAUGAAGCCUGUGUCAAGAUGUUCGACCCAAAGAUAACCUGCCACCAAGAGUGUCUCAUAACCACCUUCCAGGAAGUUUACUUUGUUUCUGAGAGCUUCGAGGAGGCCAAAGAGAAGAUGAGGGAGUUUGCAAAGACAAUCAAGAGGCCGUUCUCGGUCUACUACAACCCGUACACACAGAGCGUGGACCUGCUGAAGGACACACGCAGCAUUGAGAACGUAGUUCAGGACCUGCGCAGUGACCUCACCACAAUCUGUGAUGCUCUUGGAAAGAUGAACACCUACUUAGGCAUCUGAGACGUUGUCCUCAUCUGUAAUGUGUGUCUCACAACAUUAUGAUGCAUGUGUAUAGUGUGUAGAGCCUCACUUGUUCAUCUGUGGAACCCUGAGAAUCCACAAGUUGAUCCAGUCAUCUUUUGGACCUUCAAAUGAUCUUAUAGUUUAGAAAUGAACAGGCUCCAUCAUCAGCUACCUACAGCACAACAGAGCAUCAGUGUCUUUUCAGACUGGAAGGAAAUGUGCUUUCAAAAUAAAUGUCUGUAAAAUUGCUCAAUAAUAUGGAUUAGACUCCAGGUAGCAGCUGCAGCUCCUCCCCACACCGCUGCAGCUGUAGCUGUAACUCCGCCCUACACUGCUGCAGCUCUGCCCUGCCCCACACCGCUGCAGCUGUAGCUCCGCCCCACACUGCUGCAGCUGUAGCUGUAGCUCCGCCUCACACAGCUGCAGCUGCAGGUCCGCCCUGCCCCGCCCCACACCGCUGCAGCUGCAGCUCCAGCUCCAGCUCCACCCCACACCGCUGCAGCUCCACCCCACACCGCUGCAGCUCCGCCCCACACCGCUGUAGCUGCAGCUCCAGCUCCAGCUCCAGCUCCACCCCACACCGCUGCAGCUCCGCCCCACACCGCUAGAGCGCCUCCCCACACUGCUGCAGCUGCAGCUCCCCCCCACACCGCUGCAGCUGCAGCUCCGCCCUGCCCCGCCCCACACCGCUGCAGCUGCAGCUCCAUCUCCACCCCACACUGCUGCAGCUGCAGCUGCAGCUCCACCCUACACUGCCGCAGCUCCACCCCACACCGCUGCAGCUCCACCCUACACUGCUGCAGCUCCCCCCCACACCGCUGCAGCUGCAGCUCCGCCCUGCCCCGCCCCACACCGCUGCAGCUGCAGCUCCAUCUCCACCCCACACUGCUGCAGCUCCACCCCACACCGCUGCAGCUCCGCCCCACACCGCUGCAGCUCCACCCCACACCGCUGCAGCUCUGCCCCACACCGCUGCAGCUGCAGACAUUACACAUACACGGGUUGAUGGGUUGUUUAUUUUGCCUGUACAGUUUAGUCAUCCUUUAGUUUUUUUAGAGCCUCACUGGUAGAGUGAAACUACAGAUUGGCUAAUGCUAAUGCUAGCAGGUAGCACGCUCACGAUCAAGUGGUGGUGAUGAGCUACGAUGUAGCCACAGCUGCCCUGGGGCACACUGACAGAGGUGAGGCUGUUGAACUCCCUCUGAACACCAUCAGUAGGCAAGGUGGGUUGUGUCUUGCCCAAGGACACAACAGCAGCAUUCUUUAGUAGGAGCUGGUAUCUAACUUGCAACCUUGCAAUUCCGGAACAACCCGCUGUCCCUCCUGAGCUGCUGUUGUCCAGUCAAGAAAAUAUAAAAUUCCCCUAGAGAUCAACGACGAAAGUCCAUUUUAACAUAGCGGUUUUAGGACCGAUCUAAAACGUAGCGAGGGCGCCAGACGGACGGGCAGCGGGAGCGUGUUCCAUCCUUUAGGAGCAGCAAACGCCUGCUCACCACCUGAUUUAUGCUUCACUGAGCCCUAACUCUGGAGCGUUUCUGCCUUUUAAAACAGUCUGUGUCUUUCCUGGCUUCUGUUUCCUCCACAGCACCUAGAUGGCCACAUUCUGUACCAGUAAAGUGUUUUCAGACUGUGGUGUGCCGUUUGAAGCUUCGAAUCAUAAAAACAAUUAGAGAAAUUUAAUGAGUCCAACCGUUUGAACUAUUCGAGGAUUUGUUUCAGUCAGAUUUAGGUUGGGUGGACCGUUCUUCAACACUGUCAGUGCCAACAUGAGCACUGAAGUCCCCCAGCAGGACUACGGAGUCCCGUGUUGGAGCUCCAUCAAACGCUCAUCCCUGGUAUAAUUCCCCCUGACACGUACAGACUCCAGCUGCUGAUUUGGUACAGUUCUGCACAGGAAAGCUAUAGAACUCUAACUCUGUUUCUUCAUAGUGAAUGCUUGAACACUUAUUAGAAAACAAAACACACACACACACACCUGAGCUGUCAAAAGAAAUUCAACACGUUUCUUCCUUUAUCUUCAAAUUUCUUAAAGUAGCUGUGACAAUAACCUUCCAGCAGAACCUCAUUCAUCCGUUUUGUCUGACCCAGCCAGCCCAUGUUGCCAUGGUGAUCCAGCUGCUUUCAAAAACAGACUCUCCAUCAUCAUCCCCUUCCUUAAAAGAUCUGGCUUCAUAGUUCAUCUCUUGUCCGUAUGUGGUCACCUUGCUGCUGGAUGUUCAGGUAUCACCUGACAUCCAGAUAUUUGAACCCUAAAGGCCCUGGCCCAUCUCUAACAGCUGAUUGGUGCAGAGUGCUCAGCCUCUGCUGGUUGUUUCAGAAUCUGGUUCCAGAAACAAAACAUGGCUGGACCUUCUAACUACAGGAGGAGGCGGAGCCUCUUGAUCUACCAAUUACAUGUGUUAAUAGGUCAGAUAAGGUGUGUGUGUGUGCUGGGCAGAUGGUGGUAACUGAACCUACAGGCUGGGUUGAUGUCUGUAUGACGUAGAUUUGUUCGUGUGAAGCUUUUCUGCUGUAAUUCAUCUCAUUAAAACCAAAGUGAAGAAUC